CCGCUUGGUACGUGGUUUGGCAGCCAGUUUGUUGUGGACCGGCAGUGCGUUGGGAGGUACCGGGACUUUACACUAUCUCAUCAGUGACAUAAAUUUGCCGUCACACACCUGCCAACAGUGUAGGUUGCCGACCAAGGAACACACACUGCCAGUUCGAGGUCGGGCGAGGCGGCUCCACACCAUCGCAGUAGCCGACGGCAGCGUUUAACCACGACGAGUUGGAACAAGCUGUCGGUCUGCAGGUGACAGUUCUCUUUACGCUCGGUGCCGCAUCAGUGGUCACGUUCCUCACCCAAGCCCUCACUGGUCCAAUCCACACGCCGCACCACGAGCCACCACGACAGCAGCAUUCACUGAGGAAGCGACGCCCACCAUUGCCACAGCACGAUGGCGCUCGACUGUGGGACGAUGUUCGCCAAGUACCUCCUCUGCUUCUUCAACUUCGUUUUCUUCGCUGCUGGAGGUGCUGUGCUGGCUCUGAGCAUCUGGCUGGCCGUGGAUAACACCUCCUUUCUGCUGCUGACGCGGGUGAGCGACAAUGAAAGCUUGCAGGAGUUCAACCACCCAUCUGUCAUGGAGCACGGCGCCUACGUGCUCAUCGUGGCGGGCGGCCUCGUCUUCCUCAUCGGAUUCCUGGGUUGUUGUGGCGCCGCCAUGGAGUCCAGGACGCUGCUGACACUGUACGGCCUCAUGAUCAUCAUCAUCUUCGUGUUGGAGGUGACUGCUGGCGCCCUGGCUGCUGUUUACAAGACAGAGGCAAAACAAGAGCUGCAGAACUUCCUGAAGCACACCCUCAAGAAGUACUACUCGACUCCUGACCAAGCCAACUCCGUCACCGUCGCCUGGAACGCCGUCAUGUCCGAGCUCCAAUGCUGCGGCGUGAACAACUACACAGACUUCGAGCAAGCGACGCUGUGGCAGGCCAACAAGUCGAGCAACGCCCUGGUCCCCGAGGCGUGCUGCAAGCUGGAGGGUGACCCGAGGAAUUUUGUGCCGAAGGACGCGUCUUGUCCUUCUCGCCCCAGCGAUGAAAACUCGUACUACCUCACAGGGUGCCUCAGCAGGUUACAUGAGAACACCUUCUACUACCUGACUCCUAUGUUGUCUGUCGCCAUCUGUCUGGGGACGCUCCAGCUUAUCCUCAUCACGCUCUCGUUUUACAUGUGUAGAGCCAUUAGCAAGGCUCUCAAGUCUGUGCAGUGUGAUGAGGAUGGCCAACCCAUGGACAUGGUUUUCUGGAAGUCACCUAGGGUUGCUACGGUAGACUGAUGCUGUGGAUCGAGGACCACGCCAACGUGCUCAUGGGGAUCGGGAUCGGGGUGGGCGUCACUCAGUUGCUGGGACUCUGUUUUGCCUGUUGCCUGUGUUCCGUGUUGGGGCGCAAGGUCAAGUGACGCCAGGAGCAGCAGCAGCAGCAGGACCAAGAGCUCCACACCUACAAGCAGCACCAACAUCCCUCAAGCCCGCAACGACUAGAAAAGUGAAUGAGUCGUGGUGUCACUAUAAGGAAACAAAAGCAAAUAUAACUGUAAUGUUAUAUUGACCACAACUUUAAUGUAACUGAAAUCAUAUCAACUGAGUAGGAGAAUAUUAAUUAAUUAAUGGGGUACACGUAAAUUGUAUUAGAAGUUUUUUAUUAUGAUUUGCUCCCCCAGUACACAUUUUUUACACAGCCCAUGAGAUAUAAUGGAAUUGGUGACUCGUAUUGGUAAAUGCAUUAAUGGUGUUCGUAUGUUCAAUCUGCCUGACACACCAACACGUCAGCAAACCUACGUACAUAUCUGAGAAAUGAGUGAUACGGUCGCUUGACGCGCGGCAGUCCACACCGGCGAGCGCUCCUUUGUUUUUACUCGUGUUGUGUUAUGUCGUGUUUUUUUUUCAGUCACUUUUGUAUCUCAGUAAGUUUACUUUUUCCUUUAUCUCACUGUCAAAGAAAUUGUUAUAAUUAUUUAGUUGUACGUAAUUAUUACAAGAUUUGAUUCGUUCCUAUUACUUUGUGUAGGUUAAAAAGACACUCAUGCUAUCACAGUAGUAGUUUUUCCACAACUUCAUAGUCUUCACCGAGGCCUGGCGUCUCCUUGAUUGCCUGUCGCGGAGCAGAUGAACGAGUAGUCCCGGCCUCCCGUCGUGCUCCGCGACACAGCACCACCAUCCUCUCUCCCUCUUUUGGACCGCCACCAAGCUCGUUAACGGUACAGCAGACUUCCAGCCAAACAAAUCGUAACAUUGUGACAUUGUCAUUUUUUAACAAAGCUGAUCUGACAUUCUAUAUAUGUGUGUAUAUGUGGCUCUUUGAUGUCUUUGAUUAAGAAGAAAUGACUUGUAAAUAGUUAUUCAAUAUAGCUUUAUGGGACUAUAAUUUUUCUUAUAAAAUGAUAACAUAUUUUGACAACUUCUAUGUAAAUAAGCAAACUACAAACUACUGCAUCUUGGAGGAACGGUGUUUACAUGCCAUGUCUCUCAGUUGCCAGAGGAAUAUCUGUAUGCCCUUACAUGCUGCAUUUAUGAUAUCUCAUCGUGUCCUACCUCUUGUAUGCCGAGAUGUUGAUGUCCUGUGUUGUCAUUUGUUGGGGCGUGAAACAAGUCGGAAGUGUCUGAGAGGCAUUCAGGAGCUGACGUGUCUGGGAGGUGACCAUGUGAAGGCUAUGCUGUUGGUGCUGAGCGUCACUGUUGUGUGCCACCCCUAAAGUUAAUGUUAGUUGUUGAAAUAGUGAUCAUGUCCUCCUUCUCUGAACGGGACAGGAAGUUGGACGAAUUAGAGACGUGAAAACUUGACAAUGUUGACAAAGAUACUCCUCAAUCUGGCUCUGAGGCUAAAGGAAGCCUGCGGUGUUUUACCGACCACAGGUAAAUUGUAUAUUCAUAAGAUAAUGGUAUAUAUUGAAAAGAAAUAGCGUAAGAAAUAUUUUUGAGAGUAUUUGAAUAUAUUAUGAUUAACAUUGUUACAAUAAAUAUUCUAUAUGUGAUAAAGUAUCGUAGUGUAGCAUGAAAAUUCUUUUAGCAUAGGUCAAUAAUAAUUUGUAUAUUCCUCUUAAACGUAAUUCAAAUGAACAUUAGAGUGAACGUCUGUGAUGGAACAUUUCACAUUGCACUGAUGAUAAAUUUUUCCGCUAAAUGUCACCUAAAGAAGCCGAUUCCCUUGACUGAGCGGAAGGCACAUGGAUUGACUGACUGGGGAGUGUGUAUCAUGCUGAACAGUGGUAGAGGUCGCUUUCUCGCUUGCUCCCCUCACAUCCACUAACCUCCUCGUCCCACUCUCUCUCUCUCUCUCUCUCUCUCUCUCUCUCUCUCUCUCUCUCUCUCUCUCUCUCUCUCUCUCUCUCUCUCUCUCUCUCUCUCUCUCUCUC